CUGAGAUCUCUGUCCAGAAGAGUGGAGUCCGAGGAACAGCUAAGAUACUGCGCAGGACCCUCAAGCUCCCAGGCAUCUGGUAGAGGACCCGAGUCUGAAGGAUGAAUACUGUGAGAGAAGGGAAUUUUUUACAAGCCACAAAAUGUUUUAGCACUGAUAAAAAUCACAAUGUAAUUUCCCUUACAAAACGAAUCUCUCCAUAGAACAUUUUUGUUCAAAAGUCAAUUUUGUAUGUGUUUAUUGAUAUUAAUAGCUAUUAAUAAGCUAUUAAGCUUUAAUUUAAUUUUAAGUUUUAAGUUUUAAUUAAAACUCUAAGAACCUUUGUUUUUUUGUGAAAUUUGUUUAGGCAGUAUGGAUGUUCGAACACGAAGUGGAGGGGAAAGAGGGGCAGAGCAACACAUGAGGACAUUUUUCUUCAUACUUGAGAAAAUUUCCACCUAACAACUUGUGUAAAAUGUUAUGUUUUAUUUGUGUUAUUAUUAGAUAACAUAUUAAAUAUUAUUUUUCAUAGAAUUUUAAUUUUGCUAUCUCGCUCUACAUAUCUCUGGAAUAAGUAAGAAAGAGUUUAGGAUGUGUUGUUAACAUAAAAAGCUGGUAAAUUAACUUAUUUAAAAAAAAGGAUUAUACAGUAAUAGGGCAAUUUUUUCUUUGUCCUGUUGAGCCUGUUGUGUGUUUUCUGUUUACACAUGCAGGCUGUCGGUGACACUGUCUUGUCCCUUGGAUCUUACGCUUUUCCCAAUGGACACACAGCUAUGCAAGAUGCAGCUGGAGAGUUUUGGCUACACCACCAGUGAUCUUGUGUUCAUGUGGCAGUCUGACCCAGUUCAAAUGGAUGAGAUUGCUCUCCCACAGUUUGACAUCAAGCAAGAGGAUAUAAAAUAUGGAAACUGCACAAAGUACUACCAAGGAACAGGAUACUACACCUGUGUCGAGGUUAUAUUUACGUUGCGACGGCAGGUCGGUUUUUACUUGAUGGGAGUUUACGCUCCAACACUGUUGAUUGUUGUUUUGUCCUGGUUGUCAUUCUGGAUCAACCCUGAUGCCUCAGCUGCAAGGGUGCCACUAGGUCGUUGAAACCCGCUGUAAGAAAGUUUGCACUUCGAAGUCUGACCUUCGCUCCAGUGACUUCAGCAUCGUGGGAUCUUUACCUCGAGACUUUGAACUUUCUAACUUUGACUGUUAUGGUAAACCAGUUGAAGUUACAGGGGCCCUCAAAUCCCAAAACAAAGCCAACAAGAAACCACCACCACCUAAACCUGUCAUACCGGCAGCUGCUAAGCGCAUUGAUCUUUAUGCAAGAGCCCUUUUUCCCUUCUCUUUCCUCUUCUUCAAUGUUGUCUACUGGUCAAUCUAUCUGUAAGAGGAAGAAGAAGAAAGUGAUUUGUAUCUUGGGUACAGAGCGGACAGUGCUGACAUUAAAAGUACACUUUUCUUUGAUAAAUCAUAUAGUAAAUUUAUAUAUAGGUCAUUCCAUUAAAAAAAAUCUGUUUAAUCAGAUAAAAGUUCCCACCUUACUCUGUCAGAAACAGCUUUCAUGUACAAUAUUUUUAGUAUUUUCAAGGAAGCAGUGAAUAAUAUUACCUUCAUCCUGUCAAUAUUUUCCAAGGUACAUGGAUGCUUGAAAGUUGAGUUGACACUCACCCAUAGGGUGAGUGUCAACUCACCCUAUGGGUUAGAUAUCGGGUUAAAGCAAGUUAUAUCAUGGAAGGUCUCCUUUUUACCUACAUUUUCAACCUGUUCACAUCUGCUAUACAGGUAUACAACACAAAAACUGGUGGGUUGUUUGUUUGUUUGUUUGUUUUUUUAACAAUGGAUAUGUGCCAUAAAACAAGCUAUUGCAGAAAUCCACCAUAUGUGAUGAAAUUAGAAAUGCCUGCAACUAGAACAUGUUUCCAACCAACUAACAGUAAUCUCUGAGCAGUCUUACUCGUUCAGCAGUGUUGAUGCUCCAAGGAAACCAUGCCUAUCACAGCUUUAUUCCAGUCGAUCAAAACAGACUGGAAACUGUCAGUUUGUCUGGUGUCAAAAAUACAACCAUUAUGAAGGCUGGAUUUAUUAUUCCCAGAAGUUCCUACACAAGAUUGCACGUCGUUGCUAACUAACAACUCUUUUUUUCUGUUUAGAGCCAUGUUUGCAAAGCUGCAAAAACCAGUGUGGUUCCCGGGUAUAACUGCAAAUUUUCACAAAUAUAAAACUUAGCGUCCUAUUGCUUGAGUUCCCUUAAAGCCUGUAUAUUAAGUAGGCACUGCAUGUUUGUCUUUGUGUAAUACAGGACAUUGUGCUAGUUAUAACCUAAAUUAUGCAGUUUAAAAUAUAACUGUAUCCUGUGCAUUAGAAAUAAAUGCUUUUUAUUGAGGGUAACAUUACUGGUCACACUUCAUGCUAAAUGUAUAGUAUUCUAGAGUGGCCAAUGUGGAUGAGAAUCGAGAAAAAGAAGGUUCUCUACAAGAACCGGUUCCUAGUAGUCCAAUUCCUUGGAAUUGUUAGUCUGCCUGCCUGUCAAUCCCGCUUAUCAGUUCUGGCAUGUAUUCUACAAUUAGCUGAUUUCAGUUAUGGAGGAGCAAAUUGUAGGGCAGUUUCCAGCGUGGAUACGAACAUAAUUUUUAUUUUUAUUGCAAAAAAAGGAAGUGCAAACUGCAUCCAGGACAGAACAGGUUGUUGCUAAUAUAACAGCAUGCAAAUGCUAAGCUAUCCAAGAUCCCAGAGCGAUGCUAAGCUGAGUGAAUGCUGAUCCCAGCCCAUGGCUGAGCCAUCACUUGUGAGCUGCCGUGAAGCCAGCUGCCACUGAACUUCAUCCGGUAACAAACAGAUGAGCAGUUAGGCUGCAGGCUUCGUUUCUACCUGUUUUUAUUUAUAUAUUUAUAUUUAUUUAUAUAUUUAUAUAGCCCAAAAUCACAACAAUCUGUUCAUGUUUCUGAAGUAGAAUCAACAUGGAGAUCACUUAAAAGUCUCUUUGUGCUUGUUUUCAUUUUUUUUGUGCUGUAGGCUUUGUGUUCAUACCUAAAUACUAAGAGAAAUAUUAUAUGUGUCCUCAUUAGGGCAGGGAUUUGUGUUGAUGUGUGGGACUGUAAAUUCAGGUUUAUAUUGGCAAAUGGUAAUUAUGAGACAAUAUGUUUUUGUUCAUUUGACCGAGAAAUGCAGUUAUAAUGUAACAAAUAGUGUAACAAAGUACUUCCUCCUCCUUUUGAGUAAUGACCCCUGAUCGUAACAAAGAGUGGAAAUACCUCCAACAUCCACAAAUAUUUGACCCAGCGGAUGUAAUUAAUUUGCAUGAAAGUAAUGUCUUUGACAUGGUGCUUAGAGAUGUUGGUGACUCUGAAAAUGAGAAUGGAUACGGGAAUCGAAUCGAUAAGUGAUAUCAAUCAUGAAAUCCCAUCCCUAGUGGCGAAUAAUAAAUAAAAUAAAUUCCAUGAUGAAAAUAUAAUCCAAAGAGAAUAAAAAAUGUAAAAAUAUUCUUCUGCAAUUUCCCUGUUGUUUCAAGUUUGACAGUAGAAGCAUGAUUAAAUUUAUUUAUAUUAUAACAGUCUUAAUUUAGACAUUUUAUUGGCACCAUAUUGAAAAAAAAGAAACAUUUUAAUGUUUUUAAUUAGAUGCCGUGUUUUCAUAUUAAGGUAAAAAAAAUCCAAGUCAUAUUAGAUUCACGGCCUUUUUUUCAUCACUACGUCAGCGCAACAGAGCCAGACUGGAAGGCUGACACUUGUUACUAAGACUAAUCUUUUUAGUGGUUGUGAUUGUGGAAGUCCUGUGAUCCUUGUGCUUUUAGAUCUUACUGCAGCGUUUGAUACUCUUGACCACAAUAUUCUUACCUCUCGUUUGGAACACCUGGUUGGCAUCAAAGGUGCAGCACUGGAUUGGCUUCGUUCAUAUUUGAGUGGCAGAACGUUUAGUGUUAAAGUUGAAAAUUUGGAGUCCACCUCAGCCCCCCUUCCUUGUAGAGUGCCUCAGGGCUCAAUCCUUGGCCCUCUUCUUUUUUCAUUAUACCUGGUCCCUUUGGGGUCUAUUUUUAGAAAACACAAAAUAUCCUUUCACUGCUAGGCAGGCAACAGCCAAAUUUAUUUGCCUUUAGCACCAAAUGGCCCAGGCUCCAUCCAAAUCCUUUUGAACGGCCUUGAAGAUGUCAAAGCUUGGAUGGCUCUGAACUUUUUGAAUUGCAAUGAGAGUAAAACGGAGGUGAUUGUAUUUAGACCUAAUAAUAUUUCAUGCAACCCGCUUAGAAAUUGUGGUUGGCUAGGGUCUUAUAUCAAACAGCAUGUGACAAAUUUGGGAGUCAUUAUGGACUCAGAUUUUAAAUUGAACAAACAUAUUAGUUCUGUGUUGCAACAAAGCUUUUUCCAGUUGAGGCAAAUAGCAAAGCUGAAGCCAGUUUUGUCAAAAUGUGACAUGGAGAAGGUAAUACAUGCCUUUAUUUCAACAUGGCUUGACUACUGUAAUGCACUUUAUGUUGGAGUCAGCCAAGGGUCUCUUGCACGUCUUCAGCUCAUUCAAAAUGCUGCUGCCCGCCUCUUGACUGGUACCCACAGGCAUGAACAUGUAAUACCUAUCCUGUCCUCUCUUCAUUGACUUCCUGUUCAUGACAGAUUACUUUCAAAGUCCUAACGCUGGUUUAUAAAUGCCUUAAUGGUCUUGCUCCCCCAUACCUUUCCAAGUUGCUUCAGCCUUAUAUUCCUUCGCAGACCCUUAGAUCAGCUGACCAGCUGCUGUUGGUUGUCCCAAAAUCUAGGCUAAAACAUAGAGGAAAACGAGCCUUUUCAAUUAUGGUCCCCAAGCUUUGGAAUACGCUCCCUUUAAAUAUUAGACAGGCAUCUUCGUUUCCUGUUUUUAAGUUGCUUUUGAAAACACACCUUUUUUCGAUAUUAUGUGUAUUAAUAUGUUUUUAUGUGA